AUGAUCCGACCCGAACUUUUCUGGCACCGAGCAACGGCGCGUGCGCUCGCUGCCCGUCCGCUGAGCACCGCCGCCGGCACGCAGUCCCCCGGCUGGUUCAGCCGCAUGCUGACCACGAACGAGUUUGACCGGCCGCGCCUGCCCGUGCCGCAGCUCCAGCAGACGGUGCAGCGCUAUCUCGAGAGCGUUCGGCCGCUCGUGAGCGCACAGGAGUGGGACGGGCACGCACGACUGACCCAUAGCUUUGCGAAAGGCGAAGGCCGUCAGCUGCAAGAGCUGCUGCUGAAGCGCGAGCUGCAGCACGCGAUGGGUCGUGCGUACCCCUUUAGCUACAUUGAAGAGGACUGGGACAGGAUGUACCUGGGCGGACGCUAUCCGAACCCGAUCCACGUCAACCCCUCUUACGGCCUCGUGGACGAGAAAGAGGGUAACCUCAAUGGUAUGCUGCGUCGAAGUGCGGCGUUCGUGCGCUCGAUGGUCAAGUGGUGGGCGAAAGUCAAGGCCAGCGAGCUGGAGCAGGACAGGAACCAGUGCAUGGCUGGCUUUGCCCGUCAGUUUGGCACGACCAAAGUGCCAAAAAAGGGGAUGGACAGCCUGGUCUCGCACCCGCGUGCGACGCACAUUGUGGUCAUGCAGGGCAAUUGCUUUUUUAAACUCAGCGUGCUUAGUCCUGAUGGCAAGCAGCUGCUGUCUCAGAAGCAGCUGGAGAGGCAGCUGGACUUUAUCUUGAACGCGCCGGGCAAAAGAGAGCAUGAUGACGUGGACCUGUCGACGCUUACGGCUGAAAAUCGUGAUACAUGGGCGCGAAUCCGCAGCGAGUUGAUUGCAUACGACCCUACGAACGCCGAUACGCUCGGGGUGAUCGACUCGGCUUUGUUCGUGCUGGUUUUAGAAGAUCGAAACCCAAUCGAUACGAAGCAACGCAUGAGCCUGUCACUGCACGGUCAGGGUUCUCACCGCUGGUUUGAUAAGCUGCAGGUGAUGGUACAGCCAGACGGCCAUCUGACCAUCAACUUUGAGCAUUCUUUCUCUGAUGGCACAGUCUGGAAUCGCUGGCUUCACGAAUGCUGGCACGACAUGCGCGAUUCGGACUCGGGCUUUGCGCCGCUGAAGAAGAUGCCGGAGUAUGAAGGUGGCCCUAAACCAGAGCAACUCAACUGGAAGCUUUCAAACAACUUGGUUGAUGAUAUCAAGAAGGCAGAGGAUCACUUUGUCGAUUUUUCUGAUAAUCUCAACUUGGAAUACUUGGCGUACGAGAGAUUUGCCAAGAAGGAUUGCAAACGAUGGAAACUUAGUCCGGACGGCGUCGCUCAAAUGGCACUCCAGCUAGCAUUUUAUCGCACUCACGGUAAGAUCGCUCCCACGUACGAGUCGUGCUCAACGCGCAAUUUUCACCACGGACGCACGGAAACUAUCCGAUCAGCAACUCCUGCAGCUCAAGCUUUCGUCAAGGCUGUGGAGGAUGAUGCGGCAGUUGGUACUCAGCGCGAACUACUCGUGACAGCCGUAAGGCGCCACGUGGAGAUGGCCGAGACCGCGCAGAAGGGUUUGGGCGUCGAUCGUCACCUGACUGCGUUGAACUCGAUUGCAAGUCAGAACGGGAUUUCGAGCGAGUUCCUGGCUAGCCCUGUACGUAUGGAAAGUACCAACUUUUUGAUCUCGUCAAGCAACGUCACCGCUCCGUUCCUGCAAUACUUUUCGUUCGGCGCUGUGGUGCCACACGGCUACGGCGUAGGCUACUUACUUCAUGACGAAAGUGUGAAUGUCAGCUUUACGAACUACAAAGAUAGUGGCAUUUCGGAUGGCAAAGAGUUCAAGAAGGCGCUGGAAAGCUCAUUUGAUACCGUUAAGGCUCUUGCCGAAAUCGCGGCCCCAUAA